AUGGCCAACUACCUUCACCCAGAUGCACCAAGCGUACUUUUUGCUAUUAACAUUGCACUUGACCAUCCUCUCACACACAGCCUUUAAAAGCAGCUGAGCCAGGAUCCAACUUUUAACAGACACGUGACCACUGCCAAGCCAGGGCACUGGCCAAAACCAAAUAGGUAG